GGAUCGGUAGCAGAGUGUGAAAGUGCAAAGGACAGAACGGCGGUGAAAGCGUUAACUGGGCUGGGUAAGGCGAUCCCUGAAAAGAGUUAAGACUCGAGUUAAAGUUUUCAAAGCGGCGGCAGCAGCAGCAGCAGCUCCAGGAGAAACGGAAGCCGGUGGAGGGAGCCUGGCGGAGCAUCGAGGACAGUGCUGAGCUGAACUCAGUCCCGGGUGGCAAGCUCAAGGCUGUGACCACAAUCCCAAAUUCCUAUCUGCUUCAGUUGAAACUGAGAAGUUGUCAAAGUAACAAAACAGGCUGUGCAACUUUAUCGUGUGGGAGGGAUACUGUCUCUGAGGCUAAGAUAAUCAAGACAAGCGGGCAUCCUGACGCUCUCAAGAAGCCCCGUCUCUGCCCCACUGGCUCAGCUGACCCGACCAUGUGGACUCUGCCCCUCCAGGUCAGGACUGGAGUUUUAAAAUAAAAUGGAUGACGUGACGUUACUUGAUCUUCUGGAGUGUCCCGUGUGCCUUGAAAAGCUCGAUGUCACCGCCAAAGUUCUCCCUUGCCAGCACACCUUCUGCAAGCCAUGUCUCCAGAGGAUUUUCAAGGCCCACAAGGAGCUGCGGUGCCCCGAGUGCAGGACCCUAGUGUUCUGCAGCAUCGAGGCGCUGCCGGCCAACCUGCUGCUCGUGCGCCUUCUGGACGGCGUGCGGGCCGGACAGAGCUCGGGGAGAGGGGGUUCCUUCCGUCGGCCCGGCGUGCUGACCCCACAGGACGGCAGGAGGAGCAGGACUCACCCCAGAGGUCCGCAGUGCAGUCCUUUCCGACUGGUGCCUAACGUCAGAAUCCACAUGGAUGGGGUGCCUCGAGCAAAGGCCUUAUGCAACUACCGAGGGCAGAAUCCUGGUGACCUGAGGUUUAAUAAAGGAGAUGUCAUCCUCCUCCGAAGACAGCUGGAUGAGAACUGGUACCAGGGGGAAAUUAAUGGAGUCAGUGGAGUCUUCCCAGCCAGCUCCGUGGAGGUCAUCAAGCAGCUGCCCCAGCCACCCCCACUGUGCCGGGCCCUCUACAACUUCGACCUUCGUGACAAGGACAGGAGUGAGAACCAGGACUGCCUGACCUUCCUCAAGGAUGAUAUCAUCACUGUGAUCAGCCGAGUGGAUGAGAACUGGGCAGAAGGCAAGUUGGGAGAUAAAGUCGGUAUCUUCCCAAUCUUGUUUGUAGAGCCAAACCUCACCGCAAGACACCUCCUAGAGAAGAACAAAAGCCGUCCAUCAUCCCACACGAAAAACCUGUCCCUGGUCUCCAGAGGCAAGGCAACCAACACACCCACCCUCCGAAGGGGCCCGGGAUCCAGGAGGAAGGGGCCCGGCCAGCUCUCCAUCACAACAGCCUUGAACACCCUCAACAGGAUGGUGCAUUCUCCCUCGGGGCGCCACAUGGUGGAGAUCAGCACCCCAGUGCUCAUCAGCUCCAGCAACCCCUCUGUGAUCACCCAGCAUGUGGAGAAAGCGGAUGCCUCUCCCAGCUCCGUGGGACAGGUCAGCACCUAUCACCCUGCACCUGCCUCCCCAGGACAUUCCACGGCCAUUGUCAGUCUUCCUGGCUCCCAGCAACACCUCUCAGCUAACAUGUUUGUAGCUCUGCACUCCUACUCAGCCCGUGGACCAGACGAACUGGACCUACAGAAGGGAGAGGGCGUCAGGGUCCUGGGCAAGUACCAGGAUGGCUGGCUCAGGGGCGUCUCCUUGGUGACCGGGCGAGUUGGCAUCUUCCCCAACAACUAUGUCAUCCCCAUUUUCAGAAAGACAUCUAGCGUUCCAGACUCCCGAAGUCCUGGUCUCUACACCGCAUGGAUGUUAUCCACCUCCUCUGUGUCCUCUCAAGGCAGUAUUUCAGACAGUGAUCCCCGGCAGAGCCGGCCCUUCAAGUCCGUCUUCGUGCCCACGGCCAUAGUCAACCCUGUGCGGAGCCCAGCCAGCCUGGGGACCCUAGGGCAGGGCUCUCUCCGCAAAGGACGAGGUAGCAUGAGAAAGAAUGGAUCUCUGCAGAGACCCGUCCAGUCGGGGAUCCCCACCCUAGUGGUGGGCUCCUUCAGACGCAGCCCCACCAUGGUGGUCCAGCCUCAGCAGUUCCAGUUCUACCAGCCACAGGGGGCCCCCUCCUCAGCCUCCACAGUGGUGGCGGAGCUGGGACCCAAGCCCACUUCCACCGGGGAGCCUGCCAUCACGUGUGUCAGCAGGGGCAGCGACACCAGGAUCCACACGGCAGCCAGCUCCCUCAUCAUGGAAGGCAAAGAAAUCCCCAUCAAGAGUGAGCCUCUCCCCAAACCGCCUGCAUCUGCCCCGCCCUCCAUCCUGGUGAAACCAGAAAACGCAAGAAACGGCAGUGAGAAGCAAGUCAAAACUGUGAGAUUUCAGAACUACAGUCCUCCUCCCGCCAAACACCACACCUCCGGGAAGCCUGAACAGCCAGCCACCCCGAAGGGGUCCCAGCCUGAGGCAGCCCCCUUGGGCCCGGAGAUGACCAUCCUGUUCGCCCACCGAAGUGGCUGCCACUCUGGACAGCAGACAGACCUCCGGAGGAAGUCAGCUUUUAGCAAAACCGUGACCCCGGCGUCCACUGCCUCGGCCACGCAGACUGCGUUUCCCAGCAAAUGAAUCUACAGGCGGCUUUUCCUAGACCCCAAAGAGAUCCUGCCUUGGAAAUCUUCCUUGGAGGAGUAGUAAUAAUGGGAUACUGAAGAGAACAAACCGUCUGCUUGGAUGGAAACUCCUUGGUGCAGAGUUCUGGGCCAUGUGAUACUCCCUGGACAUCAGGGACGCUACAGGAAUACCAAUAGGCUGGCCUCCAAGACAGAAGGGGAAUAGGAGAAAAAGUAAAUCUGUCUUCCCACAAUAUCAAUGGGUGGUGGGCCAGGCUGGAGGAAACACACAAGCCAUGUGACAUUACAGGUUACACAAGACCCUUGGCCCUCCUGUUUUUCUGUUCUGCUGUCAAAGCCAAAUUUCCCCUUGCCAAUUUCUCACACCUUGGCACCUAACCGACAAAUGAAAAGACCAGACAUCAAAUGCCUCCCAGAGUUGUGUCUAUCCUGUCACUCCAGCUUGGUUUAGAGCAAUGCAGUGGGGUGGUAUCAUAUUCUCCUCUCAGGUGUUCAAGCCAGAGAAGCCAGGGUUCCUUCACAAUGUCCCCAGCCUUCACCUCCUCCCUUGACCACACACGCUGCAUCACUCCACCACAUCUGCAUUCUUUUCCAUUCCAAUUCCAUUCUGUCUUUUCACCCUGAUACUUUCUGAUCCAGAGAGUUUUUGUUAGAAGCCCCACAGCAUUGGCUUUAUCUGCCAAAAGGUAAGUGAGGAGGCAAGAGGCACAAUGAGACUACAGAAAGGCUAAUGCAGUAAUGACAGCUCCUUCUCACACAUGGUCUGUGAGGCUGCCACCAGUUGUCAGUCAUCUCUUUUCUCUCAACUACCAUGACUAAAUGUUGGUUCAAUUUUCUCUGGUGUGAAUUCGGGUUUGGUUGGCUGCUGUUUAGAGUUGGAAGCAAUGAAUAUGGAGAUGCUGCCUUCAGAUUCUGGAAUCUACUUGUUACAACCAUGAAGCCCUACAGCUCACCUAUAGAUAGGUUUCAAUGACUUCACUUUUCAGGGCACUCACAGAAUGUCAGAGUUGGGAGGAAUUUUAAUUUUAUAGAUGAUAUACCAAAACGUUAGGUAUAGGCAAGCUGUCCACACAAAAGCAAGUUGUAUAAACUGGGUUGGGGAAAACAAUACAACUUUUAAUUCCCAAAAAACAUUAGUUCACGUUGGCUAAUUAUAAAUAUGUCUUCAAGGCUCUCUCAUUCAGAUUUGCUUCUUCUUAGACUGGCCGUGGAGAAGGCAACGGCACCCCACUCCAGUACUCCUGCCUGGAAAAUCCCAUGAACGGAGGAGCCUGGUGGGCUGCCGUCUAUGGGGUCACACAGGGUUGGACACGACUGAAGCAACUUAGCAGCAGCAGCAGCAGCAGCAGACUGGCCUCUGCCUCUCACAUUUAGAACAGCAAGAAAGCACCACUCCCAAUAUUUACACAUGCUGUUUUUUUCAUCUCUGGAAUCUUUUCACAGCUUACAGUUUCAUGGAGGGUUUCAUGAAGAUUUAGCUUUUUCUUUGAACCUGCUUAGCCAGUAAAACAGAUAUUUUUUCCCCAAAGCACAAAUUAAAGAAACUGAUUUGUUCCCACCCAAAUUCAGAAGCUUAAGAAAAGCUCCCCCAUUCCCUAAAGUUUUCAUCUCUGGACUGUCAGCUUCAGAAUAUAGAUUUCAAAUGGCCAUGAGUCAAAAGUGGUGGAGGUAUGCGGAGGCAGAUUCAGAUGAAUUUGAGUGAUUAGAAUGAGGUCAGGCCAGAAAUCCACCUGAGAAUAGUUUGCUAAUCAUUAGUUCUGAGUUUCAUCUUCUGGAAUUGUUGCUUCUUAUAUUGGGUCAGGGAGAGGGUAUUGUUUAGAGGAAAAAAAGAAAGAGAAAACUUCACCUUUCCAUGCAAAUAUCAGCAGAUAAUCUAUAGACUCUUGUGUCUCUGCUUGUUUUUUCAGUACAGUGUUUUUUAAUAGACCAACAGAGAAUCUUUAUGAGGUAAUAUGUAUGUGAAUAAUGUUUAUAGAAGGGGUAUUACAUGUUAGUCAUUAUGAACAAUUGUGUAAAUAAACCUUAGACAUGUAAAAUAUAUUAUAAAAAUUAUGUUAUAGGGCCAGGGACACUUUUCAUAUCUUUGUUCUAAAACAAAGAGAGUUACAGGGCUGGCAGCUUAUUUCUUUGUUAGUAUAUGCCACUAGAAAGCCAAAAGGUGUGGUGGGGUUUCAUGUGUUUAUUUUCUGGUUUUGUAAUUUAUAAUGAUCUGAAUGGAUUACUUUGAAAUGGCUGUUGCUUAUGUAUGGGUGUUGUUUGCCCACAAGGAGUUAUCAGAGAUCCUUUCCACAUUUUGUAUCUUAGAAAAUCAAAAGGAAUUUUCUAGUGAGAGGAAAAAUACAUAGAAGAAGCCUCCACUGUUGGGUAACUCAGAUUUGUACCACUGACAGUGUCUAGUAAGUCCAAGGAAAUAGACAGCUUAAGAUCAAGGUUGUUGUCUUUCACUUAAACACUGGAUGUUGGAUAACUUUUCUCCUGGGAAGGAAGCACAAAUUUUUGUUAAUUUCUUUCUUCAUGGACUUGACAAGUUCUAGGGGAAAUCAGAAGUCAUGGCCCUUAAGCCACCUUGCUUCAGGACAACUCUCUACCAUCCAUUUUCAAAGAACCAUCCGUGUAUUAAUUCUGUUUGAUAUUCCAUGAUUCAUUGGCAGACUCAACGCUUUUAGAGCCCAGAGUUUUACUUUUUUGGAUUUGUGGCUCUAAAGAAGUGCUAAGUUUGCUCUACCGCCCAGGCUGAUCAGAAGCAGCAAAGGGAAAGCAGUGGGGGUGGAGGGGGGCUUCCUUGUGGAGAGGUUCACUCACACUUCUAACCACCUCUGACCACAGCUGAGAGAAGCUCUGGGCCCAUAGCCAGUGCACGAUAUGCCAUCUACUCUUCACACAGCGAGGGGUCAUCAUGUGAGAGUGGAGAGGUCACCCCAGUCUCCUUUGCCAAAAUUUCAUAUUGUUCCCAGCUAUAAGCUUGUGAAACGCAGUAUGUGUUUUCGGUCAAAACAAUAAAAGAGGUUUAUUUUUCACUUAA